AUGGAAGACCCGAUCUAUGCAGUAAGAACGCGGCAGAAUGAAGAAACGCCACAGUCAUUGCCAUUCCGUCAAGCUGGAGCAAGACCAUAUCUAACUGGGAACCCAGGAACGGACGAAAAGACCAUUGUUCUAUCGGAUCCUCUUGUCGCCAUGCAGCCUAGGCCCUCUUCUAACCUGAACCACAAUCGAUUCAUCUUUCCCUCUGAUCAAGCCGGCUUAGAAGCAGCCGACAGUUCAGGCGAUGAAGCGCUUGCGCCAUACACUCUGCUCUCCGAUGAGCAAGAUUCUCCCCCAAACACGCCUGCUCCUGUCGCCUCUGCUGGAGCUCCCAAGGCGACCCUGAGUAAUAUUCGGCCGAUCUCGAACCCUCUCGCAAAUAAUUUUCUAAACAUUCUCGAGCAGUCCUCAAGUAAAAAUCAAGAUAGUCAAAUCACCAGUGCUGUCGCCAUGGAUAAGCGAUUUGCUGACACCAACGAGCGGGCAGCAAUAGCAAUCUUGCGUAACAUAUCUUGGUCUGGCGGUGAAGAAUUCUUCCGACCCGCCCAAAGUUCCUUCAUGGCCGCCGUCGCGUCGCCCAAGUCACGUUUGCCACGUCCAGCCUCUCCCAGCAUCCCAGCCUCGCCAGUUUGCUCGAGCAGACCCAGUAGCUCGACCGGCAGGAACGAUGUCCUGCCAUCUCAUAAGAGCGCGACGAACAUCGAGCUUACGGCAGCAUCGACGCAAAGCAAGGAAGGCCUCAACUCACCACAUCCAGAGCUUUCCUUAUCCUCCGAUCUCUCCAGUUUACCCAGCAGCCCAGCACCUCGAUCAUCUGGGAAUUGCGAACGAGUCUCGAAGGUCAAGCAUCCGAAAAUCCUAGGCCCACCACCAGCCACCGAACCCGAUGAAACUGGACAAUACGAGUCCUUUAGCUGCCACCAAUGUCGGAUCAAGACCACCCGACCUAAGAUGAUCUGCGAUCAAUCACAAAAUCCUAACUGCUUCAUCCGCGUUUGUCGCAACUGUUUGGUCAAUCGGCCAGUAUACCACAACAUCCCCGAGCUCCGCCCUCCAAUAUUCCAGUUCGUCCCAGGCGGGAAGAUGCUGUGUGUGAAAUGUAGGGGCAUCUGUCCUUGUGCGCCUUGUCGGAGGAAGCGGGGUGAAAAUGUAGAGUAUCGACAACGGCCGGGUGGUGGUCUGAAAGGCUCGGACUUUGCGCCACAGGAAAGGCAGAUCACGCCGUUGAAGAAAAAGAAGAAGAAAAAGCAAGACAAGACCCAAGGGAAGGUACCAUCCCGUCCCUGCCCAGAACUUAUAAAAUCAUCAUCAGUCGUGCACGAUCGACCUCCAGCAUUUGUCCCGGUUCCCCCAAAGCGCAGGAAAAGCGAAGCGACGGUAUCUUCCGAUGAUAUAGUUUUCUUGGACCAAGCUCCAGCAAUCUCGACCGACAAACCUAGUCAAACUGAGCCUGCCAUUCUGCCCAUUUCAUCUGAUGAGGGAAGCAGGGUUCCAGAGAAAUUAAAAUGCCCAUCGAGUGAGAGACCAAUCACCAUUCAGGAAAAACACACCAACCCCAGAAGAGAGUGGUUCGACCGGAGUUCUACGGAGCCAAUUGCCAUCGAGCCAAAACGGGGACGAGGUCGUCCGCGCAAAGAAAACUCUUGCGCCAGCGAACAAUGUCAACAGCUGCGCUUGGAAUCAGGGAACAAAUGUGAUUGCGACACCAACAACAUACUGGCUAUUCCUAAAUGGGGACGAGGCCGGCCGCGAAAAGAGACAUCUUGCGCUAACCAACCAGAUCAAAGUCGUCCCUACAGACCGGAAAAGGAUUGUAAUCGGACGGUGGACAAGACACUGAUGCAGAUGAAUCGACUCGUACGGCCCAACUCUGAAGCCGGAUCCGGCAUGGCUUCAAUCCUGCAUAUUAACAAGGAAAACACUCCGGACUCGAAGAUGGCCCAGCAUCCUCAUGUGGAACGCUCCGAUAAACAGCUCAAGCUCAAGAUUCGCGAAUUCGAACUCAAGAACGCCGCCGAUGAGGCCGAGAGACUGCGGAUCAAGUCGCAGGGCUUCGAGAAGGCUAAGAUGUUGCAAGAGUUGCUCAAGUCUGGGUUGAGUUAUAAAGAGGCUAUGGAGGCUACCCUUACUUUUCUUGGCCCGUCAGCUUAA